AUGGAGCUUCGGGAUGAUACUGAGAGUCAAGGUGGAUAUACAGAUGAGAUGUCACCAUUUGCAUGUGAGAAGAAAAACAAAACAGUGAAGUACAAAGUCAUCUGUGUUGUUUUGCUGUGUGCUUUGGUGGUUGUAUCCCUGGGACUAGGUUUAGGACUAGGACUGAACUGUGGAGACCAGGAGCAAGGUGAAAUACCGUGGGUGGAAGAACCAUGUGUAUCACUUGAAACUCCUCAGUGUCCAGCUGGGUUUGAUCUGCCACCACUAAUCCUGUUUUCGAUGGAUGGAUUUAGAGCAGAAUACUUGCAAAGUUGGAGUUCUUUGUUGCCAAAUAUUAAAAAACUGAAAACAUGUGGCACACAUUCAAAAUACAUGAGAGCUGUUUACCCCACAAAAACCUUUCCAAACCACUAUACUCUUGUCACAGGAUUGUAUCCAGAAUCUCACGGUAUUAUUGAUAACAACAUGUAUGAUGUAGACUUGAACAGGAAUUUCUCACUUUCGGGGACUGAAAAAUUCCAAUCUUGGUGGUGGAAAGGGCAGCCAGUCUGGCUGACAGCAAUGUAUCAAAAUUUGAAAUCAGGCACAUUCUUUUGGCCAGGCUCCGAUGUUCCAAUUAAUGGAACAUACCCUACCUUGUACAGAAAGUACAACGGUUCAUUUACAUUUGAACACAGAAUUUCAGGAUUAUUGGACUGGCUGGAUAACACGAAAUCUGAAAGGCCUGAUUUCUACACUUUAUAUAUUGAAGAACCAGAUUCUUCUGGGCAUAAAUUUGGACCAGAUAGUGGUGGUGUAAUCAAAGCUUUACAGAAAGCAGAUCAAGCACUGGGGAUGCUAAUGGAAGGACUUAAACAAAGAAACCUACACAAAUGUGUAAACCUCAUACUUGUAGCUGAUCAUGGGAUGGAGAAGACCUACUGCAGCCAGUUGGAAUAUAUGACCAAUUAUUUCAAAAAGAUUGAUUUCUACAUAUAUGGUGGGCCUGCAGCUCGUAUUCGAGCAAAAAAUGUUCCAAAGGACUAUUUUACCUUUGACUCAGAAGGAAUUGUUAAAAACCUCACAUGCAAAAGAUCUCCUCAGCACUUCAAGCCUUAUCUGACGCCAGACUUGCCAAAAAGAUUCCACUAUGCUAACAACAUUCGUAUUGAUAAAGUUCAUCUUUUGGUGGAUAAGCAGUGGCUAGCAGUGAGAGAUCGAAGUUACACAUCUUGUGAAGGGGGUAACCAUGGCUAUAACAAUGAAUUUAAAAGUAUGGAGGCUAUAUUCUUAGCAUAUGGCCCAAGCUUUAAAGAGAAAACAGAGGUGGAUGCUUUUGAAAACAUUGAAGUUUACAACCUUAUGUGUGAUUUGCUGCGUAUUACACCAGCACCAAACAAUGGAACACAUGGCAGCUUGAAUCACCUCUUAAAAAAACCCUUUUACAGUCCUUCACAUGCAAAAGAAGAAUCGUCUCCUUCUUCAUGUCCAGUUUCCAGUCUGACUCCCAUACAUGAACUGGGAUGCUCAUGUGAGCAUAUGAAAAAUGCUUCAGAACUAAAUAGGAGGUUAAAUCUCACUGAAGAAGAAAUAAAGAGGGCAAACUCCUAUCAUUUGCCCUAUGGGAGACCCAGAGUUCUUCAGAAGGAAAAUGUCUACUGCCUCCUCUCACAUCAUCAGUAUGUGAGUGGAUACAGCUACAAUAUCAAGAUGCCACUGUGGACUGCAUACACUGUGAAUAAGUCUGAAAACACAUCUCUUCUUCCCACUCUUUCAGACUGUCUGCGGGCUGAUGUUAGAAUCCCUGUUGCUCAGAGCCAAAAUUGUUCCAACUACCCAGAAGGGCUGACCUUCAUCCGCAGUUUCCUCUAUCCUCCCAACUUCAAUUCAUCUGCUUCUGAACAGUAUGAUGCCUUACUCACCAGCAAUAUUGUUCCCAUGUAUAGAGCUUUCAGAGAGAUAUGGGAUUAUUUCCAUAAUACGCUUCUUCAGGAGUAUGCUAGAGAAAGGAAUGGAGUAAAUGUUAUCAGUGGACCAGUGUUUGAUUACAAUUAUGAUGGCCAUUUUGAUACCCUUGAUGAAAUUAAGCAGCAUGUAAGCAAUACAGAAAUCCCCGUCCCAACCCAUUACUUUGUGGUGCUGACUAGCUGCAAGAACAAGUUCUAUACACCACUGAACUGUCCAGGCUCCUUGGAUGUUUCUUCUUUUAUCAUUCCUCAUCGACCUGACAACACUGAAAGCUGUGCUGAAAAUAAGCCACCUUCUGAAUGGGUUGAAGAAAGAGUUCAGGCUCAUUCUGCACGUGUUCGGGAUGUGGAGCUCCUGACUGGGCUUGACUUUUACCAGGAAAGAGAGGAACCCAUCACCAAGAUCUUACAGCUGAAGACCUUCUUGCCAGUAUAUGAGACUGAAGUUAACUGA